AAAAGCGAACGUUGGACGCCAUUUCUUGUCGGUUUCUUAUCUUUUGUUUGAAAUAACAAUUUUGGUUCACUCCUCAGAUUUGCAUAUUGAAUUAUCAAAUUAUUUGAUCCUGUGCACUGUACGCUACAAUAGGGAGGGCGCCAUCCAGUCCGAUUGGCCCUCGGUCAGAUUCGGCUCACAUCGUUCGUUCUAGGAAAAAUGGACGAGACGGACUCGGCAACGAAAGGACUGGCACUGGAUGAAGGGUCCAUAAGCGCCGCUGUUGAAACUGUGGAGGAGGGGGUGGAUUCGGAUACAGAAUCGGAGGCCGAAGUCACAACGAUGACGGUAAUAGGAGAACCGGGGAACAUCGACAUUGGAGCCGAGUCCUUACCGAACCCUGACGAUGCUGAAGCAACGUUUGCGGAAGUGACCACAGUCACUGUGGCAGGUGUUCAGGCUACCGAGGACAAUGUCUUCACCGCUACCAUGGCAACCUCAGCUUCUAUACCAGAACACGUUCUUACUGGCAGGACCACCCUGCAGAUCAGUGACAGCAUGCACCCCCAGAAAGCCACCCUGAUAGUGGUGCACACGGACGGAAGCAUUGUGGAAGCAACAGGACUGAAAGGCUCUGCCGCGGUCAUGACCUCUGGCCCCCGGACUCCCUCCACGCCGAUGACCCCCGGUCAGGACAAAGAUGGCUGCUCCAAAUACAACUGGGACCCGUCUGUGUACAACAACGAGCUGCCUGUUCGCUGCAGGAACAGCAGUGGGAUCCUGUGCAAGAACAGGCUGGGCUCAGGAGGGAAGGGCCGCUGCAUCAAACACAACAACAAGUGGUACACUCCCACGGAGUUUGAGGGUAUGGCGGGCCGGGCCAGCAGCAAGGACUGGAAGAGGAGCAUCCGCUAUGCUGGCCGCCCGCUGCAGUGCCUCAUCCAGGAGCGGAUCCUGAACCCUCACGCUGCGUCCUGCACAUGUGCGGCCUGCUGUGAUGACCUGGCCCUGUGCACAAAAGAUGGCGAGUCUUUCGGAGCAGAAAACAUAAAUAUGAUUGAUUUCCAGAACAGGGCCCAGUGUGGCCAGACAAUAACUGGUCCCGUGAGGUUGUUUGUCCCGUACAAGAGGCGUAAGAAGGACAACGACCAGCCCUCCACCCCUGAGAAGAAGGAGCUCCCCCCAGCCAAGAACAUCACGCUGGAGCCGGGAGCCACGUUCACCGUGUCCACGUCCGGACAGAUCACCACGGCCGGCACCCUGACCUUCGACCGGACGUCCGCAGACGACGCCAGCGCCAUCUUGACUGAGGGCUCAGCUUCCAGCGACGUCUUCUCCAGCAGCUCAGUGCUGACUGCUCUCCCAGCCCUGGCUAUAGCCCCCCAGCCCGUGCAGACCAAGGUGGCCCCCCCAUCCCCAGGCCUGGGAAACGGGCUGGAGGUGGGGGCCGGGGGGGCUGCGGGGCCCCUGGGCGACCCCCAGAGGACCUGGUUCUGCCUGGAGGAGACGGCCAACACGCUGCUGUCCAGCGUUCAGCAACUCAAAACCCUGAUCCAGCAGGCCAGGCAGCAGGCUGGCCAGCCCGGCCCGGCCCCCGGCCCCACCCUGGGCCCUGGGCCCCCGGGUCAGGACAAAGCUCUCAGCACCAGGAAGGAGCACACUGCAGCUCAGCCCUUCCAGAUCUCCUUCACACACCCAGACGACCCCGACGGCAAGAGAGAGCCGGAGAUCACAGAGAUCAUCAUCAACCAAGUGUGUGUGAACUGUGGGAGAGAGGCCAUGAGCGAGUGUACAGGAUGCCACAAGGUCAACUACUGCUCCACCUUCUGCCAGAGGAAGGACUGGAAGGACCACCAGCACAGCUGCUGCCAGACGGGCGGAGUCGGUUUGCAGGAGGAGGUGGCUGCCAUGGCAACCAUCGACAUGGAGAAAGUGAAGGUGUAGCCGAGGUGUCGAUGACUCUGACAGCGUCUAGACGGCAUCCCCACCUCCCACCAGCACCGAGGGGCUAACUAACCCAGACCAGGGCUAGGACCUGGACUACACACCAGACUAACUAAGCCAGGCCAGGGCUAGGACCUGGACUACACACCAGACUGGUCUUCCUGAGCAGACAGAAUCCACGAUGACGGAAUAUAUAUAUUUUUUUCUUUCUGACCAAUCCUAAUUUGAUGGUAUGCUAUAGAAAUGGUAUGCUAAAGAAAUUCUGAAAAUAGUUUUGGAGAUCUGUUAUUGGUUUUCUAGAGUCAUCUGCGGACAGAAUUAUUUUCUAAAGCAGUGUUUGCUAAACACAAGACUGUACAUUGUUUUCCUUCAGCUGUGUGUGUGGGAACACAUGUUCCCUAACAUUUCUUCCACUGUGACAUAUUUAAUUCAACAAUAUAUUUUGUAUUUAUUUAUUUAUGAGUACAUGAUGUUGACUAAGCAUUUAAAUGGUUCAGCCUAUCAUAUGUGCUGUAAUAAAUAUGUAAAAAGUGAACGUACCUGCCUCAAGAGUUCAUUAAAACCUCCAGUUU